UACAAGGUCUUACCGUUUUGUUCAAAGGAUUAGACGGCAGACAGGGAGGGUUUUUUUAAUCUCUUAAAAUUGUCUCACUAAGAAAGCCAAUCACGAUCCAAAUUGGAUUCACUUAGAGCCAGUACGUUUUUAGGUUGUCUGUUAUUCUUCAGCAGUAGUGUCCGUCCAAUGUCAAGUCUGUUUUUUAAUCCUUAUUUCACUAAAAUCACAUUAAGAAUAAAUCAAUACAUGGCCAUUGGUUCAAAUACAUCGCUACACUAUUAUAUAAAAAAUAAGAUCUAAAUAAAAAGUGCAUUCACACAAAUGGAUGAAAAAUAAUACAGUAAAAACGAUGUGGCUGCACAACAGCGAUUUUUUUCUUCCAGGAGACUUUUAUUUUGAAUUAUGAGAAAAGGCGAAAUCUUGAUUCCAGCGGGCUUCUAGAGCGACUAUGAGAGUAUUACAUUCCCAAAUGGAAUCCAGGGUCAAAAAAUACACGAUUGUAUCCACAUAUAUGUGGACAGCAGGCUGAUAAGCUGUGCAUGUUGUGGGAUGUAGGUUUCAUCGCCGUCGACCUGCCACAGAGGAUGCUGUGUUUUUGCGGCGGAUGACAAGUGAAUUGCACCAUCUCUGAACUUAACUCCGGUGGACGAGCUCUUAAACUCAAAGAUGGCCGUGAUGAGGAAGAGGUUCUCGUCUGUCUGCUCCUCUUCCUCGGCUGAAGAAGACAGUGCUAGCCUGUAUGACAGUGUUCCCAUUUCUGCCACUGAUUCACCAAGUGAACAAGAACAUCCCUACGCAUCUCUGCUCUGUUGUCAUCGUGUCCAGGACUCUUUGCUGAGCUCCAACAGCAGCUUCACUGGAUACAGAGGCAUCCUCAACUGGAUCAUUAUCCUCCUGGUACUGACUCAUGCUCACCUGUUCUUGGAAAAUUUUAUACAACACGGUUUUUUGAUAGAUGUCAAAAAGGUCUUGGAGCAUCUCAUUGAGGACAACUGCAACUGGCCAUCUGUCAACCUCAUACUGGCUGCCAACAUGUUUGCCAUUACUGCUUUGUUCCUUGAGAGGUCUCAGGAAAAGGGAAUGCUGUCCUCCAUCAACACUCAUCGUUUACAUCUCACAAAUCUGGGGCUGCUCCUGCUAUUUCCCACUGCAGUCAUUGUACAUGAGCCUACAAUAUCAACAGGUGGAGCUUUCUUCUCUCUCUGGUUCUACACUGCUCUGGCAAUGAAGCUUUAUUCUUACCAGGACACUAAUCGCUGGUAUCGACAGGCUCAUUUAACUGACAAAGAGACAGACAAGAAUGUUUCUGUUGGGGGAAAAGCCCACACCGAGCAUCUUACUUUCCGAGAUUUAUAUUAUUUCCUCCUUGCCCCCACUCUGUGCUACCAGAGAGACUUCCCAUGUACUCCCAAGGUCCGCAUCAAUAAGCUCCUGCACAGGCUGCUUGAAAUGGUGAUUGUUAUCCAAAUCAUGGUUGGAAUUGUGCAGCAGUGGAUUGAGCCCAUCUUCCAGAGAUCAGAAAACUCUUUCUCUAGUAUGAACAUCACUACGAGAGUGGAGCACCUGGUGGGACUGGUGGCACCAACCCAUUUCCUCUGGCUCCUCUUCUUCUUCUUGACUCACUCCUACCUGAAUUUCUGGGCGGAGCUGCUAUGCUUCGGUGAUCGUCAUUUUUAUGGAGACUGGUGGAAUGCGACAAGUCUGAUCACUUUCUGGAAGAACUGGAAUAUUCCCUAUCAGAAAUGGUGUCAGAGACAUGUAUACACACGGCUGGUGGAAAAAAAUGUUGCCCAAUCAUGUGCGGAGUUGCUGGUCUUCCUGAUGUCAGCUGUUCUUUGUGAGUGUAUGAUUGCUCUGCCCCUGCAUAGCUGUCGACUGUGGAUCUUCAUCAUGAUGGUACUUGAGCUUCUGGUUGCAGUAUUCCUUGGAAACCAUUUCCAAGGAAACUAUGGCAAUGGUUUAGUGUGGCUAUGCCUGCUGCUGGGCCCUCCUCUGGCUGUGACCACCUACUUUCAUGACCACUACAUCAGCGUCCUUCAUCUUCAUCAUCAAUCAUCAUCCUCACCACUGACAUCAGAACACCGUCUUCCCAGCACAGUUCUCCUGCAGGCUCACUAAUCAAGGGGAAGUGUCUGAAAGAAAUUCUGUCCUAUUGUACUGUAUACAGUAGAGAUCCAAAGGUCAGUGGAGGCUGCUUUUAUCUGUCCGUGAUGAUGUCAGGAAAACUUUUUGGUCUUAUAAUCCACAACUUCUACCCAUUUCGGCAAUAUAUGCUGUUUAUGCUGUGUAGACUCAUUAAUGGACCUAUUUGACUUUCAAACUAAACUAAUGACUAAUGUUCAUGCAAUAAACAACUGAUUGUG